ACUUCUCAUGCUGCCUUCAUAUUUCACAUGCUCGAAGUAUGGCUCUUAGAAUCCAACAAAUCAAUGCGGAUUUGGGGGUCAUUAACAAAAGGGCUGCCGAUCUUGGCCUCGUCGGGAGACAUGCUGCUGCUGUGCCCACUUUGCCUGAUGUUGCUCGUGAAACUGACUCGUUCUCUCUUGAUCCAAUUUUUAUUGGAAGAGAUGAGAUGAUGUCAGAAAUAGUUGAACAACUUACCGCUUGUAUCACAACUGAUGAACCUAUUUCUAUCCUUGCCAUUGCGGGAAUGGGAGGAUUGGGGAAGACAACUUUGACUAGGGAAGUCUUCCAUUUUAUCAAAGAAAAGAAUCUGUUUGGAUCACAUAUUUGGGUGCAUGUUUCUCAAAAUUUUGAUCCACUCAUUCUUUUCAACAAAAUCCUCAAAGAAUUGACUUCUCCUGAUCAAGUCAAAAUUGGGGAUAAGCAAGGUGUUUUGAAAAAACUUGAAGAUGCUUUACAAAAUAAAACAUAUCUUCUUAUUCUUGAUGAUAUUUGGAAUGAAAGUGUUCUUACAUGGGAACAAUUUUUUCAUCCCUUGUUGCGCAUUAGUUCUAUGAAAGGUAAUGCAAUUGUUGUUACCACCAGAAGUAUGGACGCCGCUUCAAUUAUGAAACCACUUCAUACACAUGAGCUGCAAAUUUUAUCAGAUGAACAUUGUUGGUCAAUUAUCAAAAAAAAAACUUUUGGAAAAGAGAAUGUUCCUUCAGAACUUGAGGCCUCUGGAACUAAGAUUGCAGAAAAAUGUAAAGGUUUGCCAUUAGCUGCAAGCGUAGUUGGUGGAGUACUCUGGGUGAUAAAUCUGAAAAAAAAUGGCACUCGAUCGAAGUGAAUUGGCUUUCACGCUAUGCAGGAAACGAUAUCAAACAAAUAUUGAAGUUUAGUUUUGAUAAUUUGUCUCUACCUUCGCUCAAAAAGUGUUUUGCAUAUUGUUCGAUUUUUCCUAAAGGUUACAGAUUUAAAACACAGACUCUAAUUGAGUAUUGGAUGGGUGAAGGAUUUCUAGAAGCUGAUGAAAGCAGUGACAUGGAAGCUAUGGGAGAAAAAAUUGUCUAUGUUCUUCUACGCAACUCUUUACUGCAAAUUGCAGAAAGAGAUGUUUAUGGAAAUGCGAAAAGUUGUGUGAUGCAUGAUCUUGUGCAUGAACUCGCAGCUUCUGUCUUAAGAGGUUCUUUUAAGGAAGAUGAAAUUACCCGAGUUCGAUACAUAUUUCUCAAAGAAGAUUCAAGUGAUGUUCUAAAAAAAAAUGCAAAUUAUUUACGCACAUUACUGUUCAUGGAUAACAUCAAUGGUAACAUGUUCUCAAACUUCGAAUCUCUUCAUGUUUUAACUUUUGGAAGUUGGGAAGUUGAAGAGUUGUCAAGUGAAAUCAAGAAGUUGAUACAUUUGAGAGUUCUUGACAUUGAACGAACAUCUAUUGAAUAUCUUCCGGAUUGGAUAGGUGAACUUUUUCACUUGCAGACAUUGAGAGCGUGUAGUUAUCGUCUAAAGCCACUUCCAAGUACUUUGAAGAACUUGAGAAACUUAAGGCAUCUUUAUAUUAUGAAAGAUGUAGAGUUGUUUGCCGAGAUUGGUCUAUUAACUUGUCUUAGGACCCUAAAGUUUUUUAGGGUGGGCGACAAGAAUGGCUACAAAAUUGAAGAGCUCGGAAGUUUGAAUUGUCUCAAAGGAGAACUGCAAAUUGAUAACCUCGAAAGGGUUUGUAACAAGGAAGAAGCUCAAAAAGCAGAUCUAUCUAACAAGCUAAAAUUAUUGAAGUUAAAUUUGGGAUGGAAGAUUGGUAGAGAAGGUGAACCUACAAAUGAUGAGAAUGUGUUGGAAGGCCUCCAACCUCACUCUCGUCUGGAGGAGUUGGAGAUUUCUGGAUUUGGAGGCAGAAACUUUCCAUCAUGGACUCGAAAAAUGGAAGUUGAUGAUGUAGGUCAAGGUUCUAGGCUGCCACUUAACAAGUUGGUUAGGAUAACACUCUCCGACUGCUCGGAAUGUGAAGAAAUCCCAAUGUUUGGGCAGUUGCCAAAACUCAAGUGUCUUCUGUUGUACAGAUUGAGUAAUGUGAAGUCCAUAAAUCCUUCAUUCUAUGGAUCAGUGAAUGAUGUGACACGGACUGUUUUCCCAGCGCUAGAAGAGCUCGUGUUGGAUAGGUUGCCUAAGCUCACAGUGUUGAAGGGAAUUGAAUCAGUGGAUGCAAGUGCUGUCAAUGUAUUUCCUCAUCUUCAACACUUGACGAUCAAGGAUUGCAGUGUGUUGAUGAGUUUUCCUACCCAUUUCUAGUCGUCCCUCAAACAUUUGAAUAUUUUUCGUAAUCGCAGCUAUCAGCCUUUGGCAGACAUAUUUCAAGCGAAAUUAACGUUGCUAACAGAGCUUUGGAUAGAUGUAAUAGAUGAUUUAGAAAGUCUCCCAAAUUGGCUAUUCUAUAGUAAUCCCAAUCUCUCAAAGUUGACUAUAGAGCAGUGUUCCAAUUUGAGAGGAAUACCGGAUGGUGUAGGCACCCUCAAUUCUUUGAAAGAGUUUCGCAUAUGGAAUUGCCCAAAUCUGAAACGGAUAGGAGAUCUUGGCGUACAACAAUCACAAGAAAGUCUCAGAUCCCUUACAACUUUGGAGAUCACGAAGUGCGAGGCUUUGCUGUAUUUGCCAUGUGUAAUGCUAGGAUCCUCACUCGUGCGUUUGGAGUUGUGACCUAGAGAAUCUACCCAAAAUAAUUUCCCGUCUCCCAAAAUCCCCCCGUCUAAGAUAUUUGAAAAAUCGGUGGUGUUCCUCAAUUCAUGACCACUUGUUUUCUUGAGAUUCCGCCUCGUUUUAGUAGCUUGGCAUGGUUAAGCAUAGAUGCUAGUGUGGGGGGAUUAAUGGAGACCGUUAAUGGCAUAUUGCAAGGAUGCAGCUCACUUCUUUCCUUAACCUUUAAGGGGAUGGAAAGUUGGGAAAAUCUGCCGGAAUCUACUCAACAUCUCAUUACUCUUUCUAAUUUAACCUUGGAGAAUUUUGGAAUGGAAGAGUUACCUGAAUGGUUAGGGAACCACUCAUCUCUAAGCGAGUUAUAUAUACGAAAUUGUAAGAAGUUAAGGCGUCUACCCUCUACAGAUGCAAUGCGGCGCCUCACUGAAUUAGACACCUUAGUUAUUGAGGGAUGCCCAGAAAUAUGUAUUCAAGAAGCAAGUGAUGCAGCUGAUUCUCAAUGUCCCAACAUUUCCCAUAUCCCCAACAUCUUUAUGGAUGGACGCUGGAUCGCUCGUAAUGAACAACACAGAGGAAGGGUUUGGGGUUGAGUUGGAGUUGCUUCUAAAGAGGAGGUGAAGGAGUGUGUGCCCAUUAAUUUUCUCCAACAUGAUGUCAACAUUCUUCAAAUUCCCGCAGGUUUGUCAAUUGUUUGAGUUGUGUGUCUUUCUCUUGCCGCAAAGUGGUUGCAGAAGAAGAUGAAGCAAAGAUUUGUGUUUGAGCAACGUCCGAAUUUGCUUACCAACUAACUUUGACGGUUUAUCCUUGUUUGUUGCAUGAAAAUUGUGAAAUGUAGAUAUUUUAAGAUGUUUGGAUUGGUUUUGUUGUUGUGUUUUAUCGAACAAGGAUCCUAUGUUUUGUAGUUAUAAUAUAUAGUAUAUGAAGUGAUGGUUUUGUUGUU